AAUUGCACCCAAAUGCAGGCCCAAGUCCAAGGUCCAUUAUACAAAAAGGCCCAAUAACCUGCGUUUUCAUAAACCAUUUUUUCCUUUUUUUUUUUUAUUUAAAUUAAAUUUUUUUACUUAUUAUUUUUAUUGUCUUCGAGUCUUCAACAAAUAUUUCGACACUUUCUGUUUUCCAGAAACACUUCCAAAUCUCUCUCCUCCAUUCUCAACCGCCUUCAACCAAUCAAGCUGCUCCAAAUAACGGGGAGUUUUUCUAAGGAGUUUCGCGCUACCAAUCCUCAGACUGAUACUUCAUGGCUCAACAAGAGUCGACCUCCCCCUUGACAUCUCCCGAGUGGGAUGAUUUGUACCGUUCUUAUGAAGAAGUAAUUAACAGCGGGACUGAUAUUUUAAAGUUACGAGCAACGAUCAAGCUAGCUAGUUUGUUAGACAGUGUUCCCAACCACUUAUUGUUGCUUACAGUGCCAAUCCUCGUUGGACUCAUUGAAGGGGUGUCGAGAGACCCAGGACCUCUUCAAGAAGCUGCUGCUUAUUGCUUGAAGCGCAUAACUUGUAAAGAUGAUCCUGAGUUGCUGACGCUUAUCUGUGUACCGAGCACCUUAGCUUCUUUUGUGAAGAUUUUAGAACAGUCUGGUGGUAGAUGUCAGACUUAUUUGAUAAAAUGUUUGUGGGGUGUGGUUACUUUUGUAAAAGACAGCAGAGUGUACAUAUUUUCAAGUGGUGGGUUGGAAGUUGUUGUUAAUAUGCUCAAAUUAUACACAGACAGUAGGAGAAGAUACCUCUUGGAAACCCUAAGUGCAUUGGCAUUGGUCAGAGAGGUCAGGAGAGCGUUGGUUUGUCUUGGAGAGUUAAGUCUUCUUAUCGAAGCUGCUAAGUAUGGUAGCAUGGAGUCGAGAGAAAGAGCUGCUCAGGCACUUGGGUUGCUUGGAAUUGUCAAGAGGGCAAGACGUACACUAGUUGCGUUGGGUGCAAUACCAACACUUGUAGAUCUACUGCAGAAUGGAGAUUCUUCGACAAAAGUUGUGGCUGGGAAUGCUUUGGGUAUCAUUUCAUCUCAUGUUGAUUACAUUAGGCCUGUUGCUCAAGCUGGGGUUAUACCUAUGUAUGCAGAGCUUCUUCGAGGGCCUGAACCGUUGGGCAGGGAAGUUGCAGAGGAUGUCUUCUGUGUAUUGGCUGUUGCUGAAAGUAAUGCAGUUGAGAUUACUGAGCAUUUGGUAAGAAUUCUCCAAGAAGACAAUUCUGAAGCAAAGGCUGCUGCAGCAGAUGUUCUAUGGGAUUUGUCAGGUUAUCAACACUCUAUUUCAGUCAUUAGUAACUCUGGUGCAAUUCCCAUUCUUGUUGGUCUUUUAAAGGAGGGAAAUAGUGAUAUCAGAGAGAAAGUCUCUGGAGCCAUUGCACAAUUGAGUUAUCAUGAAGCUGACCGUUCUACCCUGGCUUAUGCUGGAGCCAUUCCGUGUCUGAUAGAAAUGUUGCGAGAUGAGUCUGAGGAACUAAGGGAUAAUGCUGGGGAAUCACUUAUUAAUUUCUCUGAAGAUCCAAGCCAUCAUGAUAGAUUGUCUCAAGCAUUUGCAAUGCCUGCAUUCCAGAGUAUGCAAGAUAGAAUCGUUCAUAUUCGUGCUGCCGAUCAGCAUAUGGUCAGAUCUUUGAGACAAAUGAGUGCUGAACAACUUACCCAGGACCCUGUCUUUGAAUGAUUGUGCACCAUGGUAUGAGUAGUGGCGGACACUGGACACCUCUGAUAUGCUCAAGCAAAGCUUAGUCACUAAGAAGUGCAUGAACCAGGUGUUACAAUUUCUCUCUACUAAACAAGCUGUUGGUGGUAAGGAAGUGAAAUUCAUACUAUGGUGGUUACAGGAAAUAAAACUUACCUUUAAGGUAGCUGGUUCGAUGAGUUGGGAAACAAGGGCAUCCCAUUUAACCAAGCCAUGGUCAGUGUGGAGAAUCCUCUCCAUCCAGGGCCAAGCCUCAUUAUAUCGAAGAUGAAACUUGAUCAGACAUUUAUCUCCAUCUUCAUCAACUAGAGUUGACAUUCCGUCAUGGUCAAGAAGAUGGGUAUUGCAAGAUGGGGUAGGAAAUUUUUGUAUGAUAAAGUAUGGCAGAAUAAUAAGGGAAUAACUCGAAUAAGUAUGUUAGCAUUUCAAACAAUGUCAGGUUGCGAGGAACAUGUAUGUUAACAUUUCACAUUGUUUUGCUUGUUCAUAAUGAGGAUGUUGAAACACUAUGCGCAACCUUUUUUACGCA